AUGGCUACAAUAUUACCACCAGCUCCCGAUGAAUUACUUAAUACUUGUAAGAAUGGAUGUGGUCCACGGUGCGGGUGUAGAAAAUCGGGGUUGCAGUGCUAUUCACCUUUUGGCCAGUGUAAUGAGCAAGCUUGUCUCAAUGCUGUUUCAUUGCAAAGGGACUGUGAGAAAGUGAGUGCAUUCGACCCUGAAAUUCUGGUAGUGUCAAGUGCUGCAUAUAGAAUGAUACCAACACGCCGUGGCAAAUAUUUGCUGAUGUUGAACAGAUAUACGUUUUCCCAAAUGAAACAAACAAACAAUUUUUACUGUUCUAAAAAGGACGCCGGCUGUAAAGCACGAGUGAAGCUUUCGACCAAUGGAUUAAUUCAGCAAGCUUUUACUGGGCACACUCAUCCUCCGCCUAAAUACAUGGUGACAUCUGACGGAAUUUAUGUCAAGUUACACAGCUAG